CCCGCCAACUCCCCGACAGGCCACACCACCCCACCCACUACUGCUCCACGGCUGCAGACCACUCGCCAUGCCCCGCCCCCGCCGGGGGUCACGUGCGCAUGGGGCGGCCGACCUUUUCCGGGAAGCGCGCGCUGGGGGCCGGAAGGAGUCGAGUGGUCGUGUGUGUCGAUCUUCAAGAUGACUAAAAAAAGGAAACACCAGGAAGAUUUCCAAAAGGUGAAGCUAAAAGUUGGAAAAAAGAAGCCUAAACUCGAAAAUGUAACCGAUACAAACUUCAAAACAAAAGCCAUACAAAUUCCAGAACAGCUUAAAGAAGAUGGAAUGCUUCCAACACAGAACAGAAAACUUAACAUAAAGGAUCUACUUUCACAGAUGCAUCACUACAGUGCUGGUGUGAAGCAAAGUGCUCUGGUUGGACUCAAAGAUCUAUUGUCUCAGUAUCCAUUUAUAAUUGAUGCACAUCUUUCAAAUAUAAUAAGUGAGGUGGCAGCUGUGUUUACAGACAAGGACAGUGGUGUCAGAGGAGCAGCAGUGUGCCUACUUCAAUUUUUGGCUUCAAAAUUACGAGCUGAGCAGAUUGCUCCCUAUUUUCCUUUGGUGAGUGCCCAUCUCUCCAGCGCCAUGACUCACAUCAGUGAAGGGAUUCAAGAGGAUUCUUUGAAGGUUUUGGACAUUUUGUUGGAAGAAUACCCGGUUCUUCUUACUGACCGCAGCAGUAUAUUGCUGAAAAAUUUUGUAGAGCUUAUUUCUCACCAACAGCUGUCAAAAAGACUGAAAAAUAGAGAGAAAAUAUCCUGGAUGCUGUCUGUUAAUCCUAACCGCAGAGUAACGUCACAACAGUGGAGACUUAAUGUGCUGGUCAGGCUCAGAAAGUUUCUCCGGGCAUUGGUAGAUGGAGCUAGUGAAUUAGAAGAUGAAGAAGGGCUGCAGGAGCAAAAGGAGGGUUCUCUCUCUUCGAAAAAUCCAGUCUGUAUAAAUUGGAAGGAGCAUGCCAGUAACCAGCAGCCUAUCCAGCUGUAUGAGAACGGUGGGUCACAACCAAAGAUCAAGUCUUCAUUUAGACUGAGGUCACUGGUAAGCAUGACAGACAGAAUGGAGAAAGGCCUGUCUUCUGCUGAAAAUUUAAAGGGGUUUAUUGAGAUAAUAAUUCCAUUACUGAUUGAGAGCUGGAUUGAAGCUUCUCCUGCACAGCCUGGUGCUCCUGUUCUUGGAAACCUUUUGGAACCAGAAUCUCAACAGCUUAUGCAACAAGUGCUUAAUAUAAUACACUUGUUGUGGAAACUCACAAAGCAGCAUGAUGAAAUGCACAAAAUGGAGGUAUGGCUUCGAGUGAAUUACCUUGUGGAUUUCAAACAGCACUUCAUGCGUCAUUUUCCUUAUUCUUUUCAAGAAACAGUCAAGCACAAAAAGAAGGAUUCAUACAAAAGCAACAGGUACUGUAUGACCUCUUCAAACAGCAUAGACCAUCUUUUACUGAAUUUAACCCUGUGUGACAUAAUGGUUUCACUAUCAAGUACUUCAACACUUCAGUUGGAUUCCGACUGGCUAGAUAUGAUAAGAAAUUUUGUGACAGAUACUCUUCAGGAUGGCAGCAAAUUGAAUUCCAAGCAGCUGAACAGAUUGCUUGGAGUGACAUGGAGACUAAUGCAGAUACAGCGAAAUAAAGUGGCAGCAGAGACUUUGAUAAAAGCAGUAUAUAUGCUGUACCAACAAAAGAAUCUCUUGUUUCCUGUUCGCACCUUACUUUUGAAGUUUUUUAGCAGAGUUUAUCAAAAAGAAGAGCUGAGCCCUCAAGGAAUCAGAAAUCGAAGUAAAAUUUUAUCUCGUUGGCUGGCUGGCCUUCCUCUCCAGCUCGUUCUGCUAGGCUCAAGAAACCCUGAGCUUUCAAACCAGCUGAUUGAUACCAUUCAUUCUGCUGCAUCUCGUUCAAAGAAAGAGUUGCUUCAGAGUUUACAAGCCAUUGCUUCUCGAAUUUAUGAUCCACUAGAUGGCACUCUGGUUCUUCUUCCAGCUGAGUCACAGCGACGUUUAGUACAGCUUGUGUACUUCCUACCAUGUCUACCAACCUGUUUACUUUCUUCUUUAAGUCGUUGCUGCAUUAUGGGAAGAAUGUCUUCAGAACUAGCUGCCACCCUGAUUGGGAUAUUGCAUAUGAGAUCAUCCUUUGCAGGAUGGAAGUGCCAAGUGCAAGAUGGCUCAUUGAAUGAUAUAGACUAUUUCAGCUUCUUUUUUUCAACCCUCACAGGGUUUUCAAGAGAGGAAUUGAUGAGCCUUCAGAGCAUUAGAGGAAAACCUCACAUUAGCCAGACGCAACUUUCACCUAUUCGUCUCUAUCUGACUGAUCUGGACCAGUUUUUACACCACUGGGGUGUGACAGAGGUGGUGUGUCACAGCUUGUCUACCAUUCCUUCACGAAGUCAGUGUUUUGAUAUUCUUCAGAGUGGCAUCUGUAAAUACCUGGUUGGAAUGGCUGUAAUACCUGAUAGCACAGCUGGAUCCAUCUUGUAUGCCAUAAAUAAGCUCCUGGAUCAAGCCUGCAUUUUAAGUGAAAAUCUACACAAGUUUCUGGCUUCUUGCUGUUACAGUCUGCUUUAUUUCCUCUUAACUCUAGACAAAGAGGAUGCAGAACAUAUACAGAAGAGGGAUGUGCUGUGGGGGUCAUGUAUUUCAAUGCUAGCACUCCUACCGCGAGUCUUGAGGUUGAUGCUGCAAAGUCUCCAAGUGAGCAGGGUCUGUCGAGAAGAAAUGCCAGUCAUUGCUCAGUUGCUUCGCUUGCUAAUUCAGCAUGGGCAGCUCAGAAGCCACAUGGUAACAAAUGAACUUCUGGUGCAACAGCUUAUCAAGGAUAUGAUGACACAGAAGACUGGUGAAGUCCAAGAGCAGUGGCUCACAGACCUCCAUUACUGUUUCAACAUAUAUCUUGCAUCACAUCCCCAAGGACCUGGUGCUAUGAAUACAGUAUAUUGAAUAGAUGGAACUUGUGCAUUUACUUAAAAUGUUUACUUCUGUUUGUUUUAAUGGAAAGUGUUGCAACAAUGUUUGUCGUAAACAAAGAUCAUAAAGUGGAACUUAAAAUAAAAUUGUUUAUAAAAUCUG